AUGCGGCCAUCAUCGUUGAUUUUCGUCUCAUUAUCGGCCCUCUUCAUCUCAUCAAUCAAUGCACAUUCGCAUAGUCAUGAGGCUCCACACAUGAAAUACUCGAGAGAAGUCAAUGAACAGGCAGUCCAAGAAGAGGAUCACGGACAUGUACACUCACACGGACACUCUCAUACGGGAGGGAAAUGUCCACAUGCGCACAGCCACGGUGACGCCGAGGAGGAAGCCGUUCACGGGCAUUCGCACGAUCAUUUCGAUGAGGGUCAUCAACAUAGCCACGAACCACACGGACAUUCUCACGACGAUCCACAUGCGCAUUCACAUGAACCACACGGACACUCUCAUGAGGGAAAUGCACAUGGGCACAGUCAUGGAUCACCAUCGGAAAGUCGAACGAAACGCGAAACGUCUAAGCCGGUCGACUCACAACAAAAGUUUGAGGGCGCUCUCUCUUUCCUCAACUGCCCACAUACUCGACUAUGGGUUUACGCGAUUGGUGCGACUCUUCUCAUCUCGAUCGCUCCAUUCUUCAUUUUGCUCUUUAUUCCCAUUCAGGCUAACACCUCCGACUCGGGUCCUUUCUUGAAGGUUUUAUUGGCGUUUGGUUCGGGUGGUCUUCUCGGUGACGCGUUUCUUCAUUUGAUUCCGCAUGCACAACCGGCUGAUGGUGGUCACAGUCAUUCGCAUUCUCACUCACACGAGGCCGGUCAUUCACAUGGACCACACGACAUGUCCGUUGGUGGAGGAGUGCUUGCUGGUAUCAUCGCUUUCCUGUUCAUCGAGAAGCUGUUGCGAAUUUUGCGGGGUGGCGGUGGACAUGGACACUCGCAUGGACAUAGCAACGAGAAAAAGGAGAAGAAACAACAAAAGGGAAAAGGAAAGAAAGCGAAGAGUUCGGACGAUGAAGGAACGGGCGAUGAAGGAGAAGAAGAGAAAGAACAUUCACACGAACAUGAGGGUAUCAAGAUUGCCGCCUAUUUGAAUCUGGCCGCCGAUUUUGCGCACAAUUUUACCGACGGUUUGGCUAUCGGAGCAUCGUUUAUUGCUGGCACGACGAUCGGCAUUGUCACGAUGGCGACGGUUCUCGUCCACGAAAUUCCACACGAGAUUGGCGAUUUUGCGAUCUUGGUUCAAUCCGGGUACACGAAGAAAAAGGCAAUGUUGAUCCAAUUGGUGACCGCGUUGGGUGCUUUAUCGGGUUGCGUUUUGGCUCUAUGGUCGGCUGAUGGGGCUGUUGGCUUGGCUGAUGCGGCGGCUACAUCUUGGGUGCUUCCGUUUACCGCUGGAGGCUUCAUCUACAUCGCCACCGUUUCGGUGAUUCCGGAGUUGUUGGAGAAUUCGUCGCUUUGGCAAACGAUUAAAGAAAUCAUCGCUUUGUUGGUCGGUAUCUGGAUGAUGUAUCUGAUUGCGAUGUAUGAA